AGUUGCUGAAGGAGAGGAGGAGUGGGAUGGUGUGAAGCGCGCGGAGUCUGGGGCGGAGGCGAGCGGCGGGUGUGCGCGACUCGGUGUGAUUCACGCCGGAGAUCCCAAGGAGAAGAGGCAAUUUGGACAUAAAGAGAAACAUCAAGGGCAUGAGUGCACAGAGGAAAGACCAUGUGAGGGCAUGGCUACAAGGCAGCCAUCUGUAAACCAAGGAGAGAGACCUCAAAGGAAAUCAACCCUGCUGACACCUUGAUCGUGGACUUCUAGCCUCUAGAACUGUGUUGGCUACGUUUGUGGUUUUAAGAAAGCCUGAGCACCUGAAGGCAGCCCUUGGAAAAGCCCUUUCCGAGGGCAUUCAGAACCUCCUGCUCCUAGAGGUGAAGCUGAACUGUCACCAGGACUUAUGACCCGUGGCUUCGCUCCCAUUCUGCCCGGCGAGUUCCACAAGAUGGGCUCCUUCCGCAGGCCUAGACCGCGCUUCAUGAGCUCCCCUGUGCUCAGCGACCUUCCCCGAUUCCAAGCGACUCGGCAGGCUCUGCAGCUGAGCUCCAGCUCAGCCUGGAACAGCGUUCAGACUGCUGUGAUCAACGUUUUCAAAGGGGGCGGCUUGCAAAGCAACGAGCUCUAUGCCCUGAACGAAAACAUCAGGCGGCUGUUGAAGAGUGAACUUGGAUCAUUCAUUACAGACUAUUUUCAGAACCAGCUUCUUGCAAAAGGACUGUUCUUUGUGGAGGAGAAGAUCAAGCUGUGUGAAGGUGAAAAUCGCAUUGAGGUUCUGGCUGAAGUCUGGGACCACUUCUUCACUGAGACUCUCCCUACCCUGCAGGCAAUAUUUUAUCCAGUUCAGGGCCAGGAGCUGACUAUCCGCCAGAUCUCCCUGCUGGGCUUCCGAGACCUGGUCCUGCUGAAGGUGAAGCUGGGUGAUCUGCUGCUGCUGGCCCAGUCCAAGCUGCCCUCGUCCAUUGUCCAGAUGUUGCUCAUCCUGCAGAGUGUUCACGAGCCCACAGGCCCAAGUGAGAGUUAUUUGCAACUGGAGGAGCUGGUGAAGCAAGUGGUUUCUCCUUUCCUCGGCAUCAGCGGGGACCGUAGCUUCUCAGGCCCCACGUACACGCUGGCCAGGCGGCACUCCAGGGUCCGGCCCAAGGUGACUGUCCUGAACUAUGCUUCCCCGAUAACCGCAGUCAGCCGGCCACUGAAUGAGAUGGUCUUGACCCCACUGACGGAGCAGGAGGGGGAAGCCUACUUGGAGAAGUGUGGCAGCGUGCGGCGGCACACGGUGGCCAACGCCCACUCGGACAUCCAGCUGCUGGCCAUGGCCUCCAUGAUGCACUCAGGCCUGGGGGAGGAGGCUAGCAGUGAGGACAAGUGCCUUCUCCUGCCACCCAGCUUCCCCCCACCCCACCGGCAGUGCUCCAGCGAGCCCAACAUCACCGAUAGCCCUGACGGACUGGAGGAGGGGGCCAGGGGCAGCCAGGAGGGCUCAGAGCUGAACUGUGCUUCCCUCAGCUGAGUCGCCACCCCCAGGCCUUUCCACCUCCUGUUAUGCAACCAGGAUGAGGACACCGCCAUCUCCAUGGAUUACUGAGGGGCCUCUUGCUUUAGGCAAUGCUGCCUUAUUUCUUUCAGGGUACUGUCCUGGUCAAAAUGCCUUAAGGGGAAACCGCUGUUGUAAACCUCUUCAUUUUGAUGACUGACCAGUUCUUUGUAGCCACCAAUUGUAGUGACCAAUUGCCUAAUGGUCACUUUCUGACUCCAGCCUUGCCAGCCUGACUCAGAUCCUCAUCUCUGGGCCUUUCCUCCUCCGAUGUUGGACUGCCUAAUGUUCCCAAUGACAUAUCCAGUACUUCUGGCAUUUCUGGAGCAGGAGGUUGUCAGGACCACACGUACAACCACCAAGGAUGUGUUGGCCUUUGGAGUUUCCCUUUAGGUUCCUUGUGAUGCGGUGGGUUAUGAGUGAAAAAUUUGUGAAGAGGGAACUCCUCUCCCCCAUUUUGUGUAGAGUGAAAAUAGCCUGCAGCCCCUACUCAGCAGGGCUCUGGGAAUGUGCCUGCCUUAUUUUAGUUUCAGAAUUGCUGGGAAAGUUACCCCUCUGGUGGGUAAGGAUCUGUCCUCACCUACAUCCAUAUCCUAUGUGCUGCUUGCACAGAGGCCUUUGGCUUUUGACCCAGAGGGGCUGUGAGGCUGGAGCUGCCCUGUCUUUCAUUGAGCCUCAGCAUUUCCCUCAUAGGCUUCCUCUCAAGCUCAAGGAACUCACCCCCAGAUGCCUCCUGUCUCUCUCAUUUCAGAAACAGACUUUCUUAUCAUGCUUUCCUAUGGUGGGUGUGAGGGGCCAACUGAUACCAACCAACUAGCCUGUACCUGGAUUUGACUUGAAUUUUUAAAAUGUGUGUUGUUUCAAAAAAAAAGUUUGCAAAUUUUGCACGUGGGAUCUUGCACUGUUCAUUUCCACUGGGGUGAAUCUUCACACUAAAAUCACAAGCAGAGCUCCUGGGAAAAGAGACUGGAAGUGGGUCAGGAUAAAGAGAUCUAUGGUGCACAGAGCUCUUAUGUCACAGAGCUCUAGAAGCAGCUGGACUUGAAUCCACAGUGGCCUAUGUAAAUUUGCGAAUUUCAUGGUUUCUGGGAAAAGCUGCAUUGGGGUGGGGAGACCCAGUUUGCCUCAUGGGCAGAGGAUUCUUCCAGGAAGCAUGGAAAAUGGAAUGUUUCUAUGCUUUACAGUGCGGGGAGAGAGGGGACAUGUGGGCAGGACCUUUUGGAAGGAUGUUUAUUCCCUGUGGUUAAAGAAAUGCCCGGAAUUUCUAACACGUGAAGCACUUGGGGGCUGCAGGCCAUGGCACGGUGCUGCAUCCUUCUGCUGCUCCCUCCAGGUCUGGGGGCUUUUAUCCACCUUGAAUUCCUAUCCUCCUCUUUGUAGUUGUCUGUCUCACUGAUAACAGCUCCAGGAAAAAAGACAAGGCUCCUCCUCUGACCCUUCCUGUUGAUGUUUAUGAAAUCUCAAAGAGAUGAGCCACCUUGGCUUCCAAUAUGGCAAGAGGGUGCUGGGAGAAGGUGAAGAUCAGUCUAAGCUGCCAUGGCGAUGAGACCUUCUCAUUUAACUCUUGAUGGCAUUUCCCUUCUGGCUGAAGAUUUGAAAUAUGAUCAGAAUUGUGCUCUUGAUGGCUGGGAAUUUAGAAAUUUAAGAGUUAUUUCAUUUUCAUUCUAAGAAUGAUGGGAGAGAAAUGUCCAAAAGAGAUCUGCUGAUUGGCUGAGAAUUUCAAACAAAAAAAAAACAUCUCUGUGUAUGUGUUGGAUAAAGUCUACAGAUUGACUAACAUGCAUUAGCAAAUGGAACAUCAGUAGGUAGCAACAUGAUGAUUUAUGUAACUGACAGCUUCUGUCCUUAUUAGUACACUUAACAUUUGAGACUAGUAUUUAUUGAUCCAGGCAAAUUAAUCAAUCAUGCUUGGGCUUACUUUUUCAGUUUGUAAGGUUAAUCACAUGUGCAUGCGUGCGUGUGUAUAUAAAUGCCUUUUCCAUGUCUUAAAUGUCCCUGAUGAGGAGAGCAGUCAUCAAUUAAAUAUAUAAGCUCUUAAAAUGAGAAUGGGGGUUUCAGUAUAGACCCAGUAUACUUAAUUGCUGAUGACUGUUAGCCAGUUUACAACUUUACCAUCGAUGUACACACUUGAUAUUUGUGCAGUAGACUGUACCUAUAAAAAUUUGAUUGAUGUUUAUGAUCAUGUUAGCUAUCAGAGGGCUAUUGGAAGAGUGAUAGCUGAGGUGUUUUUAACCAUUUUUUCUCUCCUAGAUUCGUUUUCAUUAUUUAUGCUAGGAUUUUCCUAUGGUUGACAUUUGAUGACAGGAAGCAAUCACGACUCUUCGAUUGAGCUCACAGAAACCUUUCAUGUCGUCUGUUUCCAAAACGAAUUCAAUAAACAACAUUUUGUCCUUG